CUCUUGCUUCGCGUCCGGCUCUCAGGCCCUGGAGCCCGGCCUCCCCACCUUCUCCCGGCGCGGGUCCUGCUCCUUUUCCGGCCUCCCUCGCUCCGCCCCUUCGCCUCUCCCCGUGAUCCCUCUCUCGCUAACGGGCCAGCAAGGAGAGCCCCGCCCCCGCCCGCCGCCUUUGGAUCCCGCGGACUCCGCCCGGCCCGGCCUCCCCAGGCAUGGCGCCGCUGCGCUUCUCCGCCAAUCUGUCCUGGCUAUUCCCCGAGCUCCCCGGCCUCCCCGCGCGGGUGCGGGCCGCGGGCAGCUCGGGCUUCGAGGCCGUCGAGGUGGCCUGGCCGUACGCGGAGACGCCUGAGGCGCUGGCGCGCGCCGCGCGUGAAGCGGGGCUGCGGCUUGUGCUGAUCAACACGCCCCCGGGAGACCAAGAGAAGGGGGAAAUGGGGCUGGGGGCCGUCCCCGGGAGACAGGCGGCCUUCCGAGAGGGACUGGAGCAGGCCGUGCGGUAUGCCAAAGCCCUGGGCUGUCCCAGGAGUGGGCAUUGCUUGAUGGGCAGGAAGUUGAGUGUUCCUUGCAAGGGUGCUGUGGCAAGAGGAGGCCUGGUGUAUUUGGCAGCGUUCCUGAGGCUGGACAUGAUCCACCUGAUGGCUGGCCGAGUACCCCAGGGGGCUGACCGAAUAGCAGUCAAGGCUGAGAUGGAGGCCGUUUUUCUGGAGAACCUGAGGCAUGCAGCUGGGGUUUUGGCUCAGGAGGACCUCGUGGGACUGCUGGAGCCCAUCAACACCCGCAUCACUGACCCCCAGUACUUCCUGGACACGCCCCAGCAGGCGGCAGCCAUCUUACAGAAGGUAGGAAGACCCAACCUCCAAUUACAAAUGGACAUAUUCCACUGGCAGAUCAUGGAUGGGAACCUGACAGGAAACAUCCGGGAGUUCCUGCCCAUUGUUGGGCAUGUGCAGGUGGCACAGGUCCCAGGCCGAGGGGAGCCCAGCAGCCCCGGAGAGCUGAAUUUCCCCUAUCUGUUUCAACUGCUGGAAGAUGAAGGCUACAAAGGCUUCGUGGGCUGCGAGUAUCAGCCUCGAGGAGACACAGUAGAGGGCUUGAGUUGGCUACGUUCAUAUUGGGAUAGGCGGGGCCACCCAGAGGCUGGCCAGUGAGGGCCUGCACACCACCCACGUGCCUCCAGACAGCGAGUGACAUCCCAUCUCCUCCUCUGCAUUAAAGAUGACCUGCUGAACAUUG